AUGAUUUGCAAUGUCAACCAUGUAAGGGAUAAAGUCCCACGUCCAUCUGGUGGGAUUAUGAGCUAUUUUGGUAAUCAGCCACACAAUUUUCAUUUGGUUGGUGCACCCGUCCACAACAGCCCUGUGAACAUAGCAAUGUGUACCAACAUUGAAGGAAGUUCACCGACAGAAGUGCAAACCUUAUCUGAGCAGCAGCCUGAACAUGUUGACAGUGACAGUGAAAAUGCUAGGACUGAGAAGCGGAUCAUGUGGACCGGGGAAGAGGAUGUUAGAUUGAUGAGCUCUUGGAUAGAAAAUUCAACGGAAUCUAGCUGUGGAGCUGAUAGGGGUGGUAACCAAUACUGGGGUGAUGUUGUUGAAUCAUACAACAAGACGACCCUGUCACAUUGGAAAAGGAAUCUGAAGCAAUGCAAGGAUCGAUGGCACAAGAUUAACAGAUGGACUGACCUCUUCGAGUGUUCUUAUGUGAAGGCUCGAAAGAGUAUUUACAAGUAUUUACUUCAAAUGUGGAUUGAUGCAGCCCACAAGUUCUAUGGUGGAGAAGGGGAGGAAAAGGAUCAAUCUUUUGAAGAGAUGCCAAAGCGACCAAUAGGUCAGAAGGCAGCAAAAAAGGCAGCUCUAGCUGCAAAAGGACAGCCAAAACGACUCAGCUCAGAUGAUGAUGGAAACUCAAAAGAAUCUGCAAUUGAUCUGGAAAAAUUAGACAGAUUUAGCAAAUUCUGGGAGGAAACAAAUGCAAACAACAUCAAGGUACGGGAACUACAACAAAAGUUAUCAUCUGAGAAGCUCAAGACCACAAAACUUGCCCAGCUUACAGCACAAGAGACCAAACAGUUUAAGAAGCUUGAUUUAGAGGGAAAGAAGGUUGAGAAAAAAAUCAAAGUUGAUGGAAGCUUAUAA